AUGGGCGCUUUAAGCAGGGCGCUGUCCAUGGUGCCCAUCCUCCUCCUAACGCUGGCUCUCUCCGCUUUCCCCGUCUGGGCGCAGAAUGACACGGAACCCAUCGUACUGGAAGGGAAAUGCUUGGUAGUUUGCGAUUCCAACCCAGCGACCGAUUCUAAGGGAUCCUCUUCUUCUCCUCUGGGGAUCUCUGUACGGGCUGCUAAUUCUAAGGUGGCUUUCUCGGCGGUCAGGAGUACCAACCAUGAACCUUCUGAAAUGAGCAACAAAACCAGGAUAAUCUACUUUGAUCAGAUCCUAGUAAAUGUGGGCAAUUUCUUUACAUUGGAGUCUGUGUUUGUAGCACCGAGAAAAGGAAUAUACAGUUUUAAUUUUCAUGUAAUUAAAGUCUACCAGAGCCAAACAAUUCAGGUGAACUUGAUGCUUAACGGGAAACCAGUCAUUUCAGCUUUUGCUGGGGACAAAGAUGUCACUCGUGAAGCUGCCACAAAUGGAGUCCUACUCUACCUAGACAAGGAAGAUAAGGUCUACCUUAAACUGGAGAAAGGUAACCUGGUUGGCGGAUGGCAGUAUUCCACGUUUUCUGGCUUCUUGGUCUUUCCCCUGUAA